UUGAGCUGGCCGGUUCUGACCUGCCCCUUCGCAGAACAACUCACUCUUUUCCCGAUCAAUCCGCAAGUCUUCAAGUCUUCUGAAGUCUUGCUUGUUCAUUUCAAUUUUUUCAUUACCCCUCGGCAUCUUCGAUCGAGAUGGGUGAUAGAAGGAAGGGGUGGCCAUCCAUGGCAGUGAUUUUCCUGGCCCUGUUCUUGACCGCUCAAGUCUGUUUCUCGGCUGCCAAACAGCCUCCCGUCGGCGCGAAGUUACAAUCCUCCGUGGUUUUACCUGUUCAAGGAGAUAUCAACCGCAAUGGAGCUCUAUAUACUACCAUACAUAUAGGGAACCCACCCAAGCCAUACAUUCUGGAUAUAGACACUGGCAGUGAUCUUACUUGGGUCCAAUGUGCAGCUGCACGAAAUGCCAAGUUACUCAAGGGCCCUAACAGUCCAUACAAGCCGAAGAAUAAUGCCUUGUUCUGCAAGGACCCCCUGUGUCCCUUUGUUGAGAAACCAGCCAAUUACCCUUGCGAGGCGCCAAAUGAUCAAUGUGACUAUCAGGUUGAUUAUGCUGAUUCUGGUUCAUCUCUUGGCGUGCUGGUCCGGGACUACUUUACCCUCAAAUCCACAAAUGGUCAUGAUCUUAAACUCUCUCUGGCUUUCGGGUGUGGAUACGAUCAAGAAUUUUCAGGUCCACAUCCUCCUCCUUAUGUAGAUGGAGUACUUGGCCUUGCCAAUGGCAGAUCGAGCAUCGUGUCCCAGCUAAAAGGUUUAGGCGUGACAAGGAAUGUAUUCGGCCAUUGUUUUGGCAGGCAAGGGAAAGGAUUUAUUUUCUUCGGAGAUGUGCCGUUGCCUUCGGGACUUGUCUGGGCUCCAAUGUUUCCCAAUCCAGGGAACCACUACAUGUUAGGACCUGCCGACCUUUUUGUUAGCAGGGACGCUCCAGCAGCCACGAGUCUUAAUGUAGUUUUUGACAGUGGGAGUACCUAUACUUACCUCAAUUCCCAAGCUUAUAAUGCCACAGUUUCCCUGAUCAAGAGAGCGUUAGAGGGAAAGCCAUGGACUGUAGUCAAUGAUGGCAGUCUCCCUCUCUGUUGGAGAGGUGCAAAGCCAGUGAAGCACAUUGAUGCAGUCAAGAACAGUUUCAGCCCCCUGGUACUAAGCUUCCCGAAGGUGAAGAAUGCUGCUUUUGUAUUGCCACCAGAAGCUUAUCUCCUUGUCACUCCUCGGGGCAAUGUUUGUCUGGGGAUCUUGAAUGGAGCUGAUGCAAAUCUAGGAAACUUGAACGUAAUUGGAGAUAUUUCCCUGCAAGACAAGUUAGUGGUUUACGACAAUGAAAGACGGAUGAUCGGAUGGGCUUCUAAAUACUGCAACAAACUUCCAGCUGGGGCUUGAAAUUUUUUCUGGUAGUCAGUCAUCUUCCAUUAGAUCAUUCACUUGAAUUUAUUUUCCUCUGUGGUGAUUAGAUUAUAGUGAGGGUUGGGUUCAUUCUUGGCUGUUAGGAUAAUGUCCUGUAUUUAUCCAUGCAAUUUAUAUUUUGAAAUAGUUUGAAUAGGUAGGACUUAUACCUAGUCUCUAGGAUGUGGUUUAUCCAAUCCGUAUGAUUAGGAGAUUAGUUAGCUUUCUGUAUUAUAAAAUCAUUCCAAAUCCUAUGUAACACAUCAUUCAAAGCUUAAA